AUGUCAUGUAAUUCGGCACCGCUAACCUUAAGUGGAUCUACUGUCUCGGUAACUCAUCCACAUUUGGACAAGAGCGAGAAUAAACUAGCAAGCGUAUCCACAGCAAUCCAACAGUUAGAACCCGACAGUUUGGUCCUGUUCCGUUCCGCUCCAGCCGAACCACUUAUUCGUCAUUCUCAUAAUAAAGACAUCUGUCCAGCCUAA